AUGACUCAUUCAGUUGAAGGAAAUGAUCAGGAACCGGGACCCGGAAAACUAGAGUUGGAAGGCAGCUUCAGGUUGUCGUCGCAGGGUCUCAGCUCCAGCAAAAGUUUUUCAGGAUUGCGCAACGUGAUGGAGGAUAAUAUGGAUGAAGAAACUGCAACAGGGUGGGUUGCUAUAGAUAGGCUGCCGCCUGAAAAACGGGUAAGAUCAUCUUUGUUUGAUGAGGUUGACGUGAAUGAAGCCAAUGGUAAGAAUAAACAGGUUGUUGAUGUCGCCAAGCUUCGUGCUUUGGAGAAGCAUAUGUUCAUUGAGAAGCUUAUUCAACACAUUGAGGUUGACAAUCGUCAGCUGUUGCAAAAGAUCAGGAAAAGAAUUGACAAAGUUGGUAUAGAACUACCCUCUAUCGAGUGUUUAAUCUAUGGAUCCAAGAUUGAUAAAGAUCUUACUAGGCUUACUGGGUUUACGUCACGAGCAUCCAGGAUCAGUAUCAUUGAUGAUGUUAGUGGUAUUAUUAAACCUGGAAGAAUGACUCUGCUGUUAGGUCCUCCAGGAUGUGGGAAGACAACUCUAUUGAAAGCUCUCUCAGGGAAUCUUAACAAAUCGGCUGUGGUAUCUGGUGAUAUUACAUACAAUGGAUAUAAACUGACAGAAUUUGUGCCUCAGAAAACGUCUGCUUAUAUUAGCCAAUCAGAUGUAGAUACAUUUAUGAAGGCAAGUUCGAUUGAAGGACAAAAAACAUCCCUUCAGACAGACUAUAUUCUAAGAAUACUAGGGCUUGAUACUUGCGCCGACACUCUGGUCGGAGAUGCCAUGAGAAGAGGCAUCUCGGGUGGUGAAAAAAAGCGAUUGACAACAGGUGAAAUGAUUGUCGGGCCAACAAGAGCUCUAUUUAUGGAUGAAAUAUCAAACGGGUUGGACAGUUCAACAACGUAUCAGAUUGUUACUUUCCUUCAGCAGUUAGCACAUCUCACUGAUGCUACCAUACUUGUCUCACUUCUCCAACCUGCGCCGGAAACAUUUGAUCUCUUUGAUGAUAUCAUCUUGAUGGGAGACGGUAAGAUUGUUUAUCAUGGACCUCGAACCCUAGUCUUGGAAUUUUUCGAGAACUGUGGAUUUAGGUGUCCUGAAAGAAAAGGAGUUGCAGAUUUCCUGCAAGAGGUUAUGUCAAGAAAGGAUCAAGCACAAUACUGGCAUGGUAUCCUGAGGCUGGAAGCUUCCAUGCCAAAUUGGUUAAAGUGGGUCUUUUGGACUUGUCCAUACACGUAUGGUGAGAUCGCCAUCACAAUAAAUGAAUUUCUCGCCCCAAGGUGGAAGAUUAAGGUGCCUGCAUCAAAUACCAACAUUGGACACGAAACACUUCAUUCUCGAGGGUUGGACUUUCACGAAAAUUUGUUCUGGAUUGCGCUUGCUGCUUUACUAGGCUUUACUUUGCUGUUUUAUACAGGGUUCACAUUGGCCUUGACAUUUUUACAUCCUGUUCGUGAUCGUGCAAUCAUUUCAAGGGAGAAAUUCUCUGAAUUAAGAAAAGGGGUGGAAUUAGACAAAGUGGAACAGGCAGACACGAAAUCUAGGAGUUCGUCUACAAGCAUUGUUGCUCGGUCUCAAAAAGGAAACAUGAUCUUACCUUUCGAGCCCUUGACUGUGGUGUUUGAGGAUCUGCAGUAUUAUGUUGAUACACCAGUGUUACUUUUACUGAAACCAGGCGGGCGCAUGAUCUACUUUGGUCCAUUGGGUCAGCAUUCUAGUGAAGUCAUCAAAUACUUUGAGGGAAUUUCUGGUGUCCCAAAGAUACGGGACAAUCAUAACCCGGCGACAUGGAUGUUAGAGAUCACUUCCAUAUCUUCAGAAUCUGAUCUUGGUGUAGAUUUUGCUGAUAUCUACAAGAAUUCUUCUUUAUACGAGCUGAGUUCUCCACCAGUUGGUGCUAAGCCUUUGGAGUUUCCAACUGAGUUUCCGAAAGAUGGUUGGGGACAAUUCAAAGCUUGUCUAUGGAAGCAACACUUGUCCUACUGGAGAAGCCCUUCUUACAACUUGAUGCGCCUCGCGUUCCUCACCAUCACAUCUUUGGUCAUUGGAUUACUAUUCUGGAAUCAAGGCCAGAAAAUGAAAUACCCAAAUGGUGGAUAUGGUUAUAUUAUCUGA